GGGAUGUGUUCGCUCCGCGUCCCCGUGGUUCCCCCGAAUCCUGACAGCGGUUUAAAAAUCGCUCUCUUGGCAUAAGUGCGAGGGAGCCAGGCUCACUUUAUCGCCGCUGACGCUGUCAAAAUCGCUGUGGCUCCAGCAGUAACAACAGCGAGCCCCCUCCCUGCCUCCCUCCUUCCCCUCCCUCCCUCCGCCGGGUCGCCCGCUCCUCGUGAGAAACCAAACGCUGAUGUUCCAUUAGCUUCAUCUUCCCCGCUUACGCCAAAGUGAGGAAGACUUGCUAAUUAAUUUACAUACGAGGGAAUGAUGUCUGAAGAAAGGAAAAUAUACCCCGUUGCACCUGCUCCGCCGAGACUUGUCAUCUGAAUCUGGAGGAGAGCUAUAAAUCAUGUAAAGUGUUCGCGGUGGAGUCGGCUGCUUCUGAGAGCUGUAGGAUUAUGUAUCCAAAUGCUGAAUUUAUAUUUCCCUCUAGGAAAAGACUGAAACUCAGAUGCUUCAGAAGCUUGCUGUGUGCUUACCACAGGUUCUGCCAACCAUCUCAAGAGGGGGCCCACCUAUUCUUUCAUUAAUUGAGCAAAACAUUAUCUUGAAAUAAUUAUUCCUCUCCACAUGGCCUUCCUACUUGUGUCAGCUUAUCUUCUGCUGACUCAUGCUCGAGGUGCUCCUGUUGAGAAUGGGGCACUGUUGGAAACACUGAAGUCACAAGUGGGAUUAUUCAGCAAUAAAAGUGAACACUAUUCAGCACAGGUGAGACCUCCUGGCACGAGCCGACAAAUACCUCAGACAAUCAUCAUAGGAGUUCGUAAAGGAGGGACCAGGGCUUUGCUGGAAAUGUUGGAUAUUCACCCUAACAUUGUGGUGGCAGCUACAGAAGUCCACUUCUUUGACUGGGAUGAAAAUUAUGUGAAAGGAAUAGACUGGUAUAGAAAUCUGAUGCCAUUUUCUUAUGGAAAUCAAAUUACAAUUGAGAAAACACCAGGCUAUUUUACAUCACCACAGGCUCCAGGAAGAAUUCAUGACAUGAAUAGCUCCAUUAAACUGCUGCUCAUUCUAAGAGAUCCCACUGAGAGAGUUAUAUCUGACUAUACCCAAGUAUAUUACAACAGAGUAGAAAGUCACAAGCCUGUUCAGCUCUUUGAAGAUAUUGUUAUUAAGAAUGGAGUGCUUAACACCAAAUACAAAGCUAUUCAGAGAAGUCUAUAUGAUGUCCAUAUGGAAAAGUGGCUUAAGCAUUUCAGUUUGGAUCAGAUUCACAUAGUGGAUGGCAAUACUUUGAUCAAGGACCCUCUUCCUGAGUUACAAAAAGUUGAAAGAUUUCUAAAUCUUCCUUCCAGAAUUAUGUCUUCUAAUUUUUAUUUUAACCAAACCAAGGGAUUCUACUGCAUCAGAAGUGAUGGGAGGGAGAGAUGUCUACAUGAGUCCAAAGGGCGUCCUCAUCCUCUUGUUAACAGCACUGUCUUAGAGCAAUUGUAUUCUUACUUCAGAGAGCACAAUGCAAAAUUUUACAGGAUGGUUAAUCAUUCCUUUGACUGGCAUUAACACAUUUGGAGUCACUGCUUCCUAAAAAGGGCCUGAGACAAACUUUCAGACAUAUCUUUCUAAAUUGUAAAGACUCAUAUUAUGAGAAUUAACAUCCUGGUUACAUGCUUCAUUGGAAUAACAUCUGUUAACUCUUUGAAAUGGUACUCUUUAUGUUGGGAAAAAUAAGAUUUAUGUAUUUGUAUGAUUACUGGGAGUCAUAUUCUGAUCUUCUUUCUCUCACAUGCAAAUACAUUAACUUCAGCAGACUUAGCAAAGAUGUAUCUCUACAAGAGUUCUGCUUUUUUGGAAAAAUACAUCUAACUGUAAAAAAUGUAAAUAUUGGAAAUAGUAUUAUUCUAACUGUUCUGUAUUUUUUGUUGUUAUUAUUUUUUAUAUUCCACAUGAUAGUGGUGUUGAUUUAUAGAACUUUUCAUAAAGUAAGUUUAAACUGUAUGUUAAAAUAGGGGCACACAUAGUAGCUCCAAGAAAUAAAUCAUCAUCUUUAAUAUGCUGAAGUACUUAAUUAAUAAUAGAAGGAAUCUAUUUCACCUGUAAUUUUGAAUAGGUGAUCUAGAAGCUACCUGUCUGUAUAACAUGAGUAUUAAACCACUCUCUUACUGUC